AUGUCUGCGACCGACGAUGUUGAUCGAUCUUCAUGGCUUAGUGGCUAUUCAGACACAGUUGAAGCACUUCCUAUCGAGUUACAACGCAACUUUACACUUAUUCGACAACUAGACGACAGUGCACAAGAGCUUAUGGAUGACGUUGCGUCCAAAUCACUGCGUCUAAUGAACCAAAAGACGGUGCUGUCGCCAAAGGAACGCCAACAACGACUCGCUAACAUUGGUUCACUCUUGAACGAAGUUCUCAAGCGUGGAGAAGAGAAGUUUGCAUUGGCAAAGUCUACGUAUGAUACUGUGGAUCGUCAUUGUACCAAGUUGGAUAUGGAUUUACAAAAGUACGAGGACGAGCAGCUAAUAGGCCCUACUAUGGGUCGUCCAUCAACCGGGACGUCAACGGCUGGAUCCGACAAACGCCCUGAAAAGGAAGAGCACAAACGCAAGAAACGAAAACAAACGCGUGGAAGGAAAAAAGGAAUUGCAUCUGAAGUGGAUGAAGGACAGCAACAAGGUGAAUACCUUUCAGCAGAAGAUUCCAAGCAGCAUGCACAGGCUGCUAUAUCUUUGAGUAAUCUACCGAUUGAUCCCAAUGAACCUCUUUAUUGCUAUUGUCAACAAGUAUCCUUUGGUGAAAUGGUGGCAUGUGAUAAUGACGAGUGCGAAAUAGAAUGGUUCCACCUGGAAUGUGUUGGAUUACGGACGCCUCCAAAAGGCAAAUGGUACUGCAAGAACUGUGCCGAGAUGCUCAAGAUCAAACAAAAGAAAUGA